AUGAAGCUGACCUGUCCGUGGGCAGAAGAGACCGGCUAUCGGGUCAACCAAAAGCCCGCUUCAUUCGGCCUUUGUUCCUCUUCUCGUCGCUUUCGAGAAGCCCUUCGGCCCGAGCCUCCCCCAGCCAUCUUUUACCUAUCUUCGUGCCUGGAUCCGGCUCGGCGGCAACUCGCAACUAUCAUCUCAAUUGAGUCCACAAUUCAGCCUCACUUGGGCAGCCUCCAACACUCAGCUCCUCAUAUUUCAGCCUCCCGCCUCCUGCCUACUGCUUUUUGCCUCCGCGGACCAGCUGACGACUUGCAAGGAUCAUAUUUCGGCUCUGGCAAUCCCGGUUAUCCACAUCAGCUGUUGGCCGAUUCAACCGGUUGCCAAACGAGGGUAGGCAUCGUUGCUAAAAAGGGCACACCACACUACCUCUACAUAAGCAAGGAAAAAGUGUGA